AGUCGUGCACUUGUGAAACUGUGAGAUAUCUUCAACAGCCGAACAACUGAAGGAAAGCUGAGGGAGCUUCUGUCAGGACGUCAAGGGACGCCUGUAGUGAUAAAGUUGUGAGACUAAAGGGGAACAUCAUGAGUGUGUCUCGGCUGGUGUUGCUGCUCGGGGUGCUUCUCUGCGUCGGGGCUCAGCUGUCCAGCGCCCAGCACUGGUCUCAUGGCUGGUACCCCGGAGGCAAGAGGGAGCUGGACUCCUUCAGCACGCCAGAGAUUUCAGAGGAGAUUAAGCUGUGCGAGGCCGGAGAAUGCAGCUACUUGAGACCCCAGAGGAGAAGCAUACUGAGAAACAUUAUUUUGGAUGCCUUAGCAAGGGAGCUCCAGAGGAGAAAGUGACAGACUUCCACUCUCUUGCUUUUCUACCUGUAAUGACCUUAUCCUUCUUCGCCGUCUUUGUCUUGACGUGAAAAAUGUUUCAUGUUGAUCCUCUAAUCUCGUAUUUAAGUUAUUUUCCAACAUUACAUAUCGCCUGUGACGAACGUUGAAAUUGUAAUGUCCUAAAAUAAAGUAUUUAUUUUGA